CAUCACUCGUCACACCUCACACGCACGCUGCGCAUCGGUCCUCCCACGUCCCGUCCGCAGUGCAGCCCGCAGCGCCAGGCCUGUCCAGGAACAGCCGGGCUCUGCUGGGGCGCAGCGGGUGGGGGAGCAACAUGCGGCGCGGCUGUGCGGCGCUGGGACGCGGCGGUCCGCUGCGUUCAGCAGGGUGACAGGACAGAGGAUCGACCCGGGAAGCCCGGGAGCAGCUGUCACCGUGGAGCCUCCCGAACUUCGCAGCGAUCCAAACUCCAGCUCAGCCCCGAGUGCCUGGUAUGGGCUCUUUAAAUCCCGCAAACAGCUCUGAAACGCAGCAGCAGCGUCCCCUCUCUGCAAAGGGGCUCUGACUGUCCGCGCCCAGUGAUGCUAUCCAUGCAGCGCUCCAACGUGUCGGGCCCUGCCGCGCUUGGGCCUUUCUCCAACCACAGCCAAGGCGUGGCGCUCAUGUCAGCCGUGGCCCGACGGGACAACCUGACGGCGGGGAAGAGUGCGCAAGACACUGGCAAACCCAUGGCGGCCGCACUCUCCAUGACCCUGGGCGUCCUGUCCAACAUCGUGGCACUGAUCAUCCUUGCCAAGGCCUACGCCCAGAUGCGCCGGCGCUCCAAGGCCACCUUCCUCCUGUUCGCCAGCUCCCUGGUGCUCACAGACUUUGCGGGGCACAUCAUCCCCGGUGCCCUGGUGAUGCACCUUUACCUCUCGGGCGGAGUGUCCUUGCCGCAUGACUCGGGCGAUGCCCUGUGCCAGUUCCUUGGUGGCAGCAUGGUAUUCUUUGGCCUGUGCCCGCUUUUCCUGGGCUGUGCCAUGGCAGCGGAGCGGUGCCUGGGUGUGACGCGGCCCCUGCUUCACGCCGCGCUGGUCACCAAAACACGGACCAAACUCUGCCUGUCCGCCAUCUGGCUGGCCGCGCUCUUUGUUGCCCUGCUGCCCAGCUUCCAACUGGGCGCCUACACCUACCAGUAUCCGGGUACCUGGUGCUUCAUCAAAGUGCUGGAGAACACCAGGGGCAGCGAUGUGGCCUUCGUCUUGCUGUUCUCUGGCCUGGGCCUGGCCUCGCUGGCCGUGGCGCUGGUCUGCAACACCAUCAGUGGACUCACCCUGGUACUAGCCAGGCUGAGGAGAAAGCUCUCCAACCGCCGCUCCGCCAAGUCCCAUGACAUCGAGAUGGUGGUACAGCUCGUAGGCAUCAUGGUCACAUCGUGUAUCUGCUGGAGCCCCCUACUGAUCUUUGGCCUGAUGUCGGUGACGCGCUCCUACAGCAGCUCCCUUGGGGAGGAUGUGGACGUCUACAAGACCCUGAUGGUGAUGGGGGUCCGUCUGGCAUCAUGGAACCAGAUCCUGGACCCCUGGGUGUACAUACUGCUGCGGAGGGCUGUGCUGAGGAAGAUCUACUUCAUCACCAAGCAGCAGGCAGACCUGAGGGGCAGCACCUUCCGCCGUUGGGAGGUUAGCUCCUUCCAGAGCUCUGAGAAGAAUGCCGUAAACAGGAUCUGAGAAGCACAAACAGCCCCCAGGGCGAGGUUGCUUGGGAGGGAUGGUGAUGGGAUGAGCGAGGAGGCAUUUUCCCUUUAUUUGCUUUGUCUCCGGCCAGCCACUCUACUGAAAUAGUCAAAUUUCGUCCCCGUUCUUUGUGUGUACUAUAAACAGGAAUUGGACUCAAGACGGAUUCUGUUGUUGCAUGGCAAACAAUGGCUCUACUUAUACAGAUGGGUAGAGAUAUUGGGACAGGACACUAGCAUUUACACGCAACCCCCUUUGACCGGCAGCUUCACCACCUGAAGACAGCAUGGGCAGACUCAAUGAAGAGUGCACGUCCCCGAAGAUAACGAGACGUGGCCUCCGCUCUCUGAGGAAUCCAGACACCUGAAAAUGAUGGAGAGGGUGUGGCUCGUGUGGGUUGGCCAGCAUUAAUCUCUGUUAUUGAUGCCAAGGACCUGCCUCCAGCUCAUUCCAACCCACUGACUAACACCUGGCAAUGAGAUUGCGCACAAUCACAGCCAUUGGUCCACAUGGUUAGAGCCAGAGACGCUGCAAACUUAAGACACUAUAUUUAAAUUGUGUGCAUUCUUGAAUUUUUCAAGUAUUUUUGAAGCUUAGGCUCAUUACUCUUUACUGAGAAGUACUAGUUCUCAUGAGCAGCCUGUGCUGUUUGUCAUUUAAACUGAAAAUAAAAAAUGAAUGCUAAGUUAAAAGUAAAGGCUAUGUUUUAGACAUGUGAAAAAGCUGUUUUGUGUACAUUAGUGUAUAUAAAAUGCAUACAUGUUGUAAAUACAAUGUUUAC